AUGAAAAUUCAAAUCACGACUAAAAGUGCAACAGUCGAGAAAUAUCUACUUGAGUCAAAUCCGAAGAUAAUAGUGUUGCCAAAUGGUGAGGCGUGUGAAUUUGAGAUACUACUGACUUUGAAAUGCAUAACUAAAAUGGAUGAGUGCGUUGUGUUGGUCGCAAACUCAUUCACAAAAAGAAAACCCAUUUUAAAAGAAAUUAAAAUAACAGCAACUUCAAAACUGACGACAAGACUUGAUCCAGACGAGUUGGUAGAAGACAAGAAACUUGGGGAAGGCUCGUUUGGUAUUGUUUUUAAAGGAAUGUUCAAAGGAAAUAGUGUUGCAAUAAAGAAGAUGAAAAUCAACACUGGAGACGAUUCUCAAAAAAUAGAGUUUGAGAAGGAAGUUGAGAUGUUGGACAAAUUUCGAAGUGAGUAUAUAGUCCACUUUUAUGGCGCCGUGUUUGUGCCAAGCAAGACGUGUAUGGUCACCGAAUUUGCACAAUAUGGGAGUUUACAAGACUUGAUGAAACACAAAACAAGUGAAGAAGUUGACAUGAAACUUCGAGUUAAAUAUAUGAUAGAUGCGGCUAAAGGUAUUUCAUAUUUACAUGAAAAUGGGAUAUUACACAGAGACAUUAAACCCGACAACAUUUUAAUAUUUUCACUUGAUAUCAACGAAAAAGUGAAUGGUAAGUUGACCGACUUUGGAAGUCCAAGAAAUGUGAAUAUGAUGAUGACUAACAUGACAUUAACCAAGGGAAUUGGUACACCAGUUUACAUGGCGCCUGAAGUGCUAAACAAAGAACACUACAAGAAACCAGCUGAUGUCUAUUCUUUGGCAAUAACCAUGUAUGAAGUAUUUGGGUGGAGCAAUACUUAUCCAAUAGAAACAUUCAAAUUUCCAUGGAAAAUAGCCGAGUUUGUGAUGUCUGGAAAACGACUCCAAAGAAAAGAAAAUAUACCAGAGAAGUUAUACCAAAUAAUAGAAAAAUGCUGGAAACAAAAUCCGAAGGAGAGAACGACUAUCAUAGAUUUGAUUGAAUUAAUUCAAAAAGAAUAUAACAUUUUAUAA